UAGAAAUUUACCUUAUAUCAUGCUAGAAAGUGUCGAAAAAUGGUACUCCCAAUUCCACAGAUUACUGUCUGCUUUGUUUUUAUUAGAAUACAAUGGUUUUGAAAUCAGCAUCCCUUGCUAUCUCGGUUGACCCGUAGUCUGCAUACGCGACACAUAAUUAACUAUUGGCAAUACCUUUUAUAAUUCCCAGCUCAAAGGUUUCAGAUUUUCAGAGGUCAUCUUACCCAUCCCUCGAAAUUAUGCAUACAAUACCCAUUCGGUCGGCACUGCUCGUGCUGUCGGUGAUGCUCUUUGCAGAAGCCACGGAUGGACCGGAACACUUCCCACGUUUCGACGCGACAAGCGAAGCUACCUCCUACCACACGAAUGCUGGGAACCUCAAAUACGUCAAUCCACUCAUUGGCACUCAAGGCGGUGACCCAAACGACAAUGGCGGAAUGAUUCCAUCGGUUGCUCCGCCGUUUGCCAUGACGCGCUGGACGCCGCAGACUCGAGAAAACUACAUCUCACAGCUGCCUUAUUCGAAUUGGGAUGAUCGAAUUCAUGGUUUCCAGGCGACCCAUCAACCAGCGAUCUGGAUGGGCGAAAAUGGGCAUGUUACUCUUAUGCCAGGACUCGGGGAUGAGAUUCAUCCGCUGUUUCAGAAACGAGGACUUGCAUUUAAGAAGAGUGAUGAGAGCAGUACGCCGUAUGUCUAUCAAGUAACGCUGGAUGCGACGUCAGCUGGUGAAUUCGGAUGGAAUUUGACUGAGCAGGCAGCCGCUGAGCAAUUUGGAGACCAAUGCCCGCCUUGCCCAGGAGGGGCCGCGCCAGUACCAGAUACCGUCAAAGAUGGGGCAAACGGUCGCACGAGGAGAAGUUUGGACGAUGGCGUUGGCGAUGUAUUGGGCAGAUAUUCACCGAAAAUUGCUUCCAGCAAUUCUGGCUCAACUAGUGGAAAUCAGAGCUCGAUCAAAGUAUCGAUGAGCGCAUCUGCGCACGUGGGCCAUUUGAAGAUCGACUUCGACAACCAGAACAAGCAGCGACCAUUUGUAUUUAUUCAAGCAAGUCGGCUCAACUGGACCGGUCACAUCGACAUUGAUGAAGCCCGCCACGAAAUAUCUGGCAGCAAUCCUCAAAGGCACGAUUACAGUUUGGGUCCAGAUCGCCCUAAAUCAUUCAACAUGUUCUUCGUCUCACGAUUCUCCGCAUCUUUCGAGUCCUAUGGAGUUACGCAGGGCGAAAAGGUCAUGGAAGGAGAGACAACAAUAAAUGGCAAAUUUGUUGGCGGCUAUGUUAAAUUUAAUAAGUCUGUUCAACGCGUGGAAGUGCGAACAGGGGUAUCUUAUAUUAGCGUUGAUCAGGCUCGAAGAAAUCUCGACAUAGAGAUUCCUGAUGGCACAUCAUUUGAUACCACUGUAGAAAACGCAAAGGCAGCUUGGCUGGAAAAAUUAGGUCGUAUUAGAGUGUCAGGUGUGAAUAAGACAGACUCAGAGCACGACCAGCGGACCAUAUUUUAUACCGCCCUAUUCCACGCGCUACAAUAUCCUAGUGAUUUCUCAGAGCCCACUACAAGCGCCAGUAGCGGGACACGCCGGUUCUAUAGCGGCUACACGGAUAGUGUCCAUACAGAACAAGACUCGUACUAUCAGUCUUGGUCCAUUUGGGACACGUACAGGGCUGAACAUUCUUUAAUAGCUCUCCUUGUGCCGGAACGCGUUGACUCCAUGAUGCGUACGUUGUUACGUAUAUUCGAUUGGACUGGGCGUCUACCACUAUGGGCCAACCUAGUUGAAACAAACAUAAUGAUCGCAACGAAUGCAGACGUUAUACUUGCAAACGCGCUUAUUAGAGGUUUCCGAGGCUUUAAUAUUACAAACACUUGGAAAGCUGUUCAAAAUGAUGCAUACAACCCUCCUGCAAACGAUACAGAGCUUCUAUACUAUGACAGAGAACCAUUUACUCCUCGCGAAGCGCGCGCAGGUCUUACAAGCUAUCUCCGGCAUGGAUGGGUGGAUAAUGACGAUUGGUCUGAAGCUGCAAGCCGAACACUGGAUUACUCAUUUAAUGAUUAUGCUUGUGCUGUUGUAGCAGCGUACUCAGGCAAUAACGAAUCUUAUAAAGAACUCAUGGCGCGCUCGAAGAAUUAUGCAAAGUUGUGGAAUUCAGAGACAGAAUUCAUGCAGACACGCAAUACAAAUGGCACAUUCGCUUUAGACAGCUGGGGAUGGACUGAAGGGGAUAACUGGGUUUAUACAUUUGACGUAAUGCAUGACGUCGAUGGCUUAGCAGCACUUUUUAAAGAUGGAAAGAAGGGCAUGAAGUCCAAACUCGAUGCACAUUUUGGCGGAGGUCACAAUAUGCAAAGUAAUGAACCAUCACAUCAUGUGCCAUAUCUAUACUCCGCGAUUGGGUAUGCUUCUAGCACAGCAGAGAAAGUGCGCACUAUUGCUUGGGAAAAUUACAACGCUACAGCAAGUGGACUAAGUGGGAAUGAAGAUUUGGGCCAGAUGAGCGCUUGGUAUAUAUUCUCAGCACUGGGGUUUUAUCCAGUGAAUCCUGCAAGCGACGAGUAUGUUGUAGGGACGCCAUUUUUUGAUGAAGUGGAAAUAAUGUUACCCAAGGGCCCCUUAGGAGGAGGACAGACCCUUGUGAUAUCUGCACCUGGAGCAGGGACAGAGAGUAAAAGUUAUAUCAAGACUCUAAAAGUAGACGGCAAGAGUAUAUAUCAGCCUCUGCUUCGGCAUAGCGAGAUUGUGAAAGCCAGAAGGAUUGAGUUUGAAAUGAGUAGCCAGCCUACAUCUUGGGGGUCACAUACUUCUUGAUAAUGGACUAAAUGAGGUAUUUGACUUUGCAAUUUACAUUAGAUAUGGUGGUU